UUUAUAUAUUUUCGUGGUUCCCCAAAUAAUUAUGAAAUUAUCGUUUUAGUCCCCUAUCUUAACCAAAUCUGGACCAUUCAUCUUGAUUUCCAAAUUCUCUCAAGCUACCACAUGGCAGCACCCUAGCACCCUCACGUAUCUCUCUCUCUCCCCACCCCGUGACCUCUUUCUCCUUCUUUCUUCUCUGCACUCACUCUCCCUCUCUCGAAGACCCUCUCUCUUUCACCCUUUGACCCACACCCGAGAGCACCCACGCACACCCUUCGUGGUACUCCGUCGACGGCAUCGUCAUCACCUUCUACACGCCGUCGUCUCUCUCUCUCUUUCUCUCUCUCCCGUCGCUGCGCAACUCGACGAAACCCCAAGAACCUCCGGCGAGUUCUUCAUGGGUUAUGGUUAGGAUUUAGCACGGAAUCAGCCCGGGAAUAGGCGCACCCAUCUCCGGCGAGACCGUGGGUGUCGAGAGGUUUUCCGACCACCACGGGUCGUUUCACGGCAAAUGGAAGUACUGAAGCUUAACUAAAAGAGGCAAUUGAUACGUCAAUGGCUACUCCGAAAGCGCACGUGGAAGAGAUAAGGAAGACAAAGUUCUCCAUUGGAAGGGAAGAGGCAAACCCUUUGACCGAGGAUCUUCACCAGGCUGUUAAGAAUCUCUCUGCUGAACUCUACGCUAAGGAUGUUCACUUCCUCAUGGAACUCAUCCAGAAUGCAGAAGAUAAUGAUUACCCAGAGGGGGUUGAUCCAUCACUUGAGUUUGUCAUAACUUCCCGGGAUAUAACAGCCGCGGGGGCUCCUGCUACUUUAAUUGUUUUCAACAAUGAGAAGGGGUUUUCACCAAAGAACAUCGAGUCCAUUUGCAGUGUUGGGCGUUCCACCAAGAAAGGCAACAGGAAGCGCGGCUACAUUGGGGAGAAAGGUAUUGGGUUCAAAAGCGUGUUUCUCAUUACUGCACGACCUUACAUUUUCAGUAACGGAUAUCAAAUAAGGUUCAGUGAAGAGCCCUGUGUGCACUGCAAUGUUGGCUACAUAGUCCCAGAAUGGGUUGAUGCAAACCCUACUCUUUCAGAAAUAAAACAGAUAUAUGGUUCUGGUUCUGGUUCUGCCCUUCCAACCACAACACUGAUCUUACCUUUGAAGGCGGACAAGGUUGAAGCCGUUAAGCAACAACUCUCUAGCAUGCAUCCGGAAAUUCUCUUGUUCUUAUCAAAGAUUAAGCGACUCUCGGUUAGGGAAGACAAUGUGAAUCCAAGGCACAACACUGUAAGUGCGAUAGCAAUAUCAAGCGAGACUGAUUUUGUCACCAGGAAGAACAUAGAUGCUGAAUCCUACACACUCCACCUUUCUGCAAAAGAAAAUGGCUACAAAUUUGAUACAGAAUGCGGCUAUUCUAUGUGGAAGCAGAAGUUUCCUGUCAGCCGGGAGUGCAGAGUGGAUAAGAGAAAUGAUGUAGAUGAAUGGGUGAUCACACUUGCAUUUCCAAUUGGAGAGCGCCUUUGUAGAGGAACAAACACAUCUCCUGGAGUCUAUGCAUUCCUUCCCACUGAGAUGGUGACAAACUUUCCCUUUAUAAUUCAAGCUGAUUUUCUUCUUGCCUCAUCAAGGGAAACAAUUCUUCUGGACAGCCAAUGGAAUAAGGGGAUUCUCGAUUGCGUUCCAACUGUAUUUGUGAAUGCAUUUAUCUCACUUGUCAGAUCUGAAGAAGAUGCUCCAGUUUCUACCUUGACUCGUAUGUUCAAGUUUCUGCCCGUUCAGAGCUCUCCUUAUGAAGGAUUGAAUGUUGUCAGGGAGUCUAUAAAGGCAAAACUUGUUGAAGAAAGCAUUGUACCUAGUGAGCCUCACAAGGAGCAGAAGUUCUUUUAUAAACCCCGUGAGGUUGGUAGGUUAAUGCCUGCCUUUUGGAAUAUUUUGAAGAAAGCGAAGAAGCAAGGGGUAAGCUUGGUUAAUCUGUCGUCUCAUGGAAAAUAUGUUCUGGCAUAUGCCUUUGACGAUGUGGAGUAUAACGAGAUACUGAAUUUCUUGGGAGUUGAAGCUGUGAACAAUGAAUGGUAUGCAACAUGCAUCCGGGGUACAUCUAAUCUUAUAACUGGGGUGCCAGAAGAUGUCUAUUUGGAGCUUCUACUUUUUAUUUCUGAAUUUUGGGGUUCUAAAUUUUCAAGCACCAGCAUCAAGAAUAUACCGCUCAUAAAAUGUGGGGGUUAUCGAAACAAAUCUCUGUGCAGCAUAAGUGCAAUCCAGAAAGGCGAAAGCAAAGUUUGCGUAUCAAGUGAUUCUUCUCAUAUUUCAUGGCUGAUUGACUGGAACAUGGAGUUUGCAUCUGUUUCCAAUGUUCUCUUUAUGCCAGGGACCACACAGGAAGCUCUCAGAUUGUGUUCUAGGAAGGAGACGUUGAAGAAGUGGCUUUUGGACCAAGUCAAGGUUGGUUCUGUAAGUAUAUAUGACUAUGCAGUCAAUCUCUUUGAUAAGUCACUUUGUGAGCGGAAGGUUGCUAUUGCAUUCGCCCACUUUUUACACCAGUCUUUGCGCAAGGGAUAUAUCUUAUCUUGGGAAGCUGUUAAUUUGUGUGCACUAAUGCCAUUGGUGGAUAAGUAUGGCAACAUCACCAGCACUAGGAAGGGAGUUCUUGUUCCAGCUAAAGGAAGCAAAUGGGCAGGACUGACCGACUCUAAUCUGUGGAGAAGAGAAGGCUAUGUUGAGUUGAACGAAGACUAUUUGGAUUCCGGUCAUUUUGCUGGUAGCUUUACACAACAGAAGGAGCUCCUUGGGUUUCUGAAAGAUCAUGCUAAAGCCUCAGAUAUCCCAAAUGUUUGUGCUCCCAGCGAUGGUAUAUCAUCUUUAUCUGCACCACUCAAUAAGCAAAAUGUAUUCUUGCUUUUGGACUGGAUUCGCCAGCUCAUGCGUGAAGCUAGCAUCCCUCAGAAGUUCUUGAUGUGUGUGAAAGAAGGUAGCUGGCUGAAAGUUACUUUGAAUGGUUCUCCUGGUUUCAGGCCACCAUCGCAGUCAUUUCUUCUCAAGUCAUCAUCGGGAAACCUUUUGCAGAAUAGCUCUGUUUUUGUUGAUAUACCGUUGAUUGAUCAAAGUCAUUAUGAUGGAAAGAUUAACGAUUACAAGGAGGAGCUGAAAAAAAUUGGAGUCAGGUUUGAGUUUGGAGAAGCGUGUGAAUAUAUGGGGAAGCAUCUCAUGUCUCUUGCUGCUGCUUCCUCUUUAACCCGUGGCAAUGUAUUUUCUGUACUACGUUUCAUCAGAUUUUUGAGAGAGAAACUUCUUCCACCAGACGAUUUUAUCAGCAGUAUUAAAGAUGGUCAGUGGCUUAAAACUUCCCUUGGCUUCAGGUCUCCGGUUGGAUCUGUCCUGUCGGAUGAUGAGUGGACAGUUGCUUCGCAAAUUAGUGACAUUCCCUUCAUAGAUGAGGCAUUCUAUGGUAAAGAAGAAAUCUGUCAGUUCAAAACAGAACUUGAGUUGCUUGGGGUGGCGGUCUCAUUCAGCAAAUGCUACCAACUGAUAAUUGACAACCUGAAGUCACAUUCUUGCUUGACUUCCUGGACACCUGAGGUUCUUCUAUUGAUGCUUAAAUGCAUGUGUCUUUCGAGCUCAUCUGAAAAACUUGUCAGUGCUUUGAAAGGAUCGAAUUGCCUAAAGACAAAAGCUGGUUACAAACGUCCAGAGGAAUGCCUCCUGUUUGACAAGGAUUGGGGCUGCAUUCUUCAGGUCUUCAGUGAUCUCCCAUUGAUUGAUCACGAUUUCUAUGGAGACAGAAUAUUUUCCUUCAGAAAUGAGUUGAAGAAAACUGGGGUGGUGGUUGAUUUUGAGGAUGCAGCAAAAGUAUUUGCCCGUUAUUUCAAGCAGCAUGCAUCUUCGACUUCCAUUUCAAAAGAAAACGUUGCAUCAAUUCUCUUGUGUUACAGAACACUGAAUGUAACUCCAUUUAAAUUUCCUGCAGAUCUUAAGAGCUGCAUUCGCGAGGUGAAGUGGCUGCGUACUCGCCUUGGUGAUUAUAGAUCUCCCAAACAGUGCAUUCUCUCUGGUCCCGAGUGGGAUUCCAUCUCUUCCAUAUGUCUUCUAUUCAUUGAUGAUUCUGAAAAUCAUUAUGGAAAGAACAUUCAUGCAUUUAAGAACGAACUGAAGAGCUUGGGGGUGGUUGUGGAAUUCAAGGACGGAGUCAAGUUUGUGGAAUCUUGUCUGUAUCUUCCCCAGGAUCCGACCUGCAUUUCUCGAGAAAAUGCAUUAGCAUUGCUUGAAUGUAUACAGAUCUUAUUGCAGGAGAAAGCCUACUCCCUUCCGGAGGCUUUCAGGGGAAAACUUUCUCAAGCAUGGUUGAAGACUCAUGCUGGUUACCGGUCUCCUAACCAGUGCUUGUUGUUUGAUUCGGAAACACAUUUAAAGCAUAAUGAUGGGCCUUUCAUCGAUGAAGAAUUUUAUGGCUCUAAAAUUACAACCUACAGAAAGGAGCUCGCUGCAAUUGGAGUGAUUGUCGAAGUGAAAAAGGGAUGUGCCUUGAUUGCUAGGCACCUUGAUCUACAGGAUGAGUUUUCGACAUUUGUUCGAGUAUAUAGUUACUUGAGUGAGUCUAAGUGGGUUCCACUGACGGAUGGAGAGGCUCCCCAAAGGAUCUGGGUUCCGAAAGAAAAUAAAAAUGGUGAGUGGGUUAGUGCAGAUGAAUGUGUUAUGCAUGACAAGGAUGGUUUGUUUGGUUCGCAGUUAACUGUUUUGGAGAAACACUAUGAUCAAAAGUUGUUUGGUUUCUUCUCUUCUGCUUUUGGAAUAAGAUCCCAUCCUUCUGUUGAUGAUUACUUGAAUCUCUGGAAAGUUUGGGAAAGUUCUGAAAGCGAAUUGUUGCAUGAUCAAUGCUGCAUGUUCUGGCUUUAUGUUUCGAAGCACUGGAAUUUAAAAACGGAGAAAAGUCUUGCUGAUGCCGUGGUGAAGGUACCGGUUUAUUCUCGCUCAGGUAAAAUCUUGUUGUGCAACAAGGAGUACGUUUUCAUUGCUGAUGACCUUCAGCUGCAGUGUCUUUUUGAACAGUCAUCACAGUCAAUAUUUGUUUGGUACCCUCAGCCAGGCUUGGCCUCCUUGCCUCGAACUAAGCUGCUUGAAAUGUACAACAAAAUUGGUGUUCGCACUAUUUCAGAAUCUGUGCAGAAGGAAGAAGUAUCUCUUGCAAAUGAUGCUGAAUUACAAAUAAUCCCAAGGGAAAGAUUGUUCGGAAAAGCACUGCUGAGGCUGAUUCUUGGAUUUCUUGCUGGUCCUCCCAUUGAAAUGGAAGUGGAGAAGAGGCGGAAAGCUGUCCGAGGUCUUGUAGACGUUGCUGUAUUGGAGACACCAGAACCAAUCGCUGUACGCUAUGAUCUGCCACUAUCUUCUGGUGAAGUUUUGAAUGUGAGAGGCACACGAAAGAUACGGUGGGACAGGAAGAAUUCCAAAUGCUUCAUCCAGAUGGACAAAUCUGGCCGGCAGAAGAAGACCGUUGAGUUUGCUACAUAUUUCGCCGAAGCAAUAUCUGAGUGUGUUCUGUGGGAGUUCACUGAACUUAUACCUGCACUUUCGGAGCUGAUCAGGUUGGCAUUCGUGCUAGAAUUCAAUGAGGAAGAUGUUGAUUUCUUGAUGAAGUCGAAGAAUUUGCAGAUCUUCGUUGAGGAUGUCGAGUUUCUGAAUUCUGCCUGCCCUUCUAACUAGUUUCUUUCAACAAUAAUUAAUAGUCUCUCUAAGCGGAUGAAUUGAACUCUAUUGUAUGCUGUUUUGGUUGUGUGCUUUUUUAUCGUUGGAUUCUCAUGUUAUUCUGAACAACUGGAUUUGCUUCUUUUAUCAUAUGAAUUUAUGAACCAUAUUUUCUCA